UAGAUGCAUUUAUUCCUUGGAUUUGAUGGAAUUGUUUCCUCGUACAACACAAAUGAGUAGUAAUGCAACACCCUGAUUUGUCACAUUCUCGUCUAAACGAUAGCUUUACCCUGAAAUGUAUAAAAAUGGCUCGAAAUAUAGAGAACCCAAAGCGCGGCCAUUUGGCUUUGAAAAGCAGUGUUCUCGCUCCAACAUCAACUUCAUACUUUGGUCAACAUAUGGUUCUGAAUCACCUUAACUCUCACUACAGAAGAAUAUCGUCAGCCAAAGCUGCAGUUGACACGUCUGCCCCAAGAUCCAUGAAGAAACAUAUCAGAGUCCAAGACCAAAAAAAGCGCCAGUAUUUGAAAGACAGUCAAGGAGCUCUUACUCCAGGGAGAAGAUCGAAAAGUGCAUCCCUUGAAAACCUGUCAUCAAGAGGAAUGAGUCCUUUUGGUACUUCAAGACCACAGUCAAGUCAAGGCCUGAACAGCAUACCAUUAAGACAAUCAAUUGAUCACUCAACUCCUGCACCAACACCAAGAGAUGACUUGUCUGCUCACGACCAGUACUUAAUAUAUCAGCAAAGACAACAAAAACAGGAACAAUUUUCAGAUGCAAGAGCAUCAUUUUCACCUUCAAAUCUACCAAAACCUUUAGUUUCUCGCUCUAGAUGGAAAAAAAUUCAAUCAAAUGUAGACACUGAAACUAAUAAUGAGCAUUUAAGAGAAGUAAAUGCUGAUGAGAAUGGAAAUAUAGUAGGAUUGGAAACACAAAACCUUUCAUCCCCAAGGGAUAUUUACAAUGGAGAAACUAGAAGUGCAAGAAGUUCUAGAUUAAGCCAGUAUCCAGGUUUGGAUUGCAGCUUUACUUCUUCAUCAAGCGCAUAUUCAAGAAGAAAAAAAGAACUUCAAACUAAAAUGUGGAAAGAAGAACAAAUGUACUUGGAAUUUAUUUCUGAAGUUACCACUGAUGUUUUGGCAAGAGGAAUAUUCACCAAUAGGGUUCUUAAUAAGGUAUUUGAAAGUCAUAUCGAGAAGCGGAAAGAGGAAUUGGAUGAGCACCGAAUGAGAGAUAUGAUCGAGCAGCUCAAGCUUGACCUGAACAUCAGAGACAGCUAACAAGACAUUACUGAAUGAACAAUUUGUAGAUAUAUUUGUAUACCAGUACAUAAAAUAGAUAAUGAAAGAGCACAAAAAAAACGUGAAUAAAAUAAUAAUUAACUGUCA